AUGGCGACGAACUCGAUAAAGCUGCUUACGGGCAACAGCCACCCUAGCCUUGCAAAGCUGGUGGCUGAUCGGCUAGGCAUAGAACUCACCAAGAUACUUGUCCUACAAUACUCGAACCAAGAAACAUCCGUUACGAUCGGCGAGUCUGUCCGCGACGAGGAUGUCUUUAUCCUCCAGUCCACAGCGCCUGGCGACAUCAACGACGGGCUCAUGGAGCUGCUCAUCAUGAUCAACGCCUGCAAGACUGCGUCCGCACGGCGCGUCACUGCAGUGAUACCCAACUUCCCGUACGCACGCCAGGACAAGAAGGACAAGUCGCGCGCGCCCAUCACAGCGAAGCUCAUGGCCAACAUGCUCCAGACCGCUGGCUGCAACCAUGUCAUUACUAUGGACUUGCACGCCAGCCAGAUCCAGGGCUUCUUCAAUGUGCCGGUCGACAACCUAUACGCUGAGCCGAGCACGCUGCGCUGGAUUAGGGAGAACCUACCUGUGAAGGACUGCGUUAUUGUCAGCCCCGAUGCGGGCGGCGCGAAGAGAGCAACGAGCAUUGCAGAUGGGCUGGAUCUGGGCUUUGCGCUGAUCCACAAGGAGCGCGCGAGGCCGAACGAGGUGUCCAGGAUGGUGUUAGUUGGAGACGUCAAGGACCGCAUCGCGAUCAUCGUGGACGAUAUGGCAGAUACUUGCGGCACGCUGGUGAAGGCUGCGGAUGUGGUGAUACAACAUGGUGCAAAAGAAGCCAUCGCCAUCGUCACGCAUGGUAUCCUGAGCGGGAAUGCCAUAGAAGCGCUCAAUGGCAGUAAGCUCAAGAAGGUGGUCGUCACGAAUACCGUCCCGCAUGAUGAGAAGAAGGAGCUCUGCUCGCGGCUUGAGACGAUUGACAUUAGUCCUACUCUUGCGGAAGCUUGCCGGCGUACACACAACGGCGAGAGCGUAUCGUUUUUGUUCAAGCACGCGCCGGUGGACUAG